CACGAUUGAUAGUUGUAUGCCACCGAAGUCACACAAUCACACUGGAGUGGGUAUACAAGUUGAAAGAGCAUCUGCAUAAUCUGCAGAAAUUCCUUGUGAAAGAUCAGAAUAAAUCUUGAAUAUGGGUUUCACGAUGAGUCUAAAUUUGCUUCUCUUGCUAGCCAUGGUGGCCACCAAUAUUCUGUCCCUUUACCACCUCUCUUCCACCAUCCAGUCCACUCCACCGGCUCCUCCGCCAGUUCCCGACCACCUUAUCCACCAGCUGUCAACCAUACGCGCCACCAUCAACCACCUCACCAGCCUCCAGCCAUCCUCUUCACCUACCAAGAAAUCCCCCUCCUCCACCCCUUCUGAUCUCCUCCUAUAUACUCAUAUAGCUCCUAUUGCUUCCUCUUGUAAAGACCAUCCUCUCCUCCUACACCAGUAUAUGAACUACACUCCCUUUGCUUUGUGCCCAAAUGAUUCUCCCUUAGCUGAGGAUCUUAUCCUCCGAGGCUGCCACCCCCUCCCCCGCCGCCGCUGCUUUUCAAGAACCACCUCUACCAUCCCAUCCUCACUUCCCACAAACCCAUUUGCCACACUUCCGGAAAACACAGCAUUAUUGGGGCAUUACCGCUGCAAGACUUUCUCCUGCUUUGCAAGUACUAAAUCUGACAUGGGUUUUGACAUGACAGUAGAGAAAUCAAGAUUCUUGACUUAUAAAACAGAUCUAGAUCUCCCAAUCCAGCAGCUUUUCCAGCUUUCUAAAUCAGCCAAAAGUGUCAUUAGACUUGCACUUGAUAUUGGCGGUGGCACCGGCACUUUUGCUGCCCACAUGAAGGUGCAGAAUGUGACAGUGAUAACCACCACAAUGAAUUUUGGUGCUCCAUAUAAUGAAGCGGUUGCGCUGAGAGGAUUAGUACCACUCCAUGUGCCAUUGCAGCAGAGGCUGCCGGUGUUCGAUGGAGUGGUGGAUCUUGUGAGGUGUGGGCGUGCUGUCAACAGGUGGAUACCGCUGAUCACAAUGGAGUUUUUGCUCUUUGAUGUGGAUAGAGUAUUGAGAGGUGGAGGGUACUUUUGGUUGGACCAUUUUUUCAGUAAAAGGACGGAUCUUGAGAAGGUGUUUUCACCCUUGAUUGGGAAGUUGGGGUACAAGAAAGUGAAGUGGGCUGUGGGAAAUAAGACUGAUUCGAGUGGGGUGAAGAAUGGUGAAGUUUAUUUGACUGCCCUUUUGCAGAAGCCAUUGUCAAAUUGAGACUCUGCCUGAGGUUUCAUUGCUUUGCUGGGAAAUGCCUUUGGAUUGUGAUGGUAGCGGUGGUCUGUGUAUUCUUAUUUCGAGUUAUUGACAGAAUUCAGACGUGUGUUCAAUUCUAUUUUGCAAGUUCUUGACCUUAUUUAAGCUGUAGUUUUUGUAAGUAAUUCUAGCUUUGGUUAAUUAUAUGCAAUUAAAUAGACCGGAAUGUGAACUAAUUUGAUUUUAAAUGGAUCAAUGGAAAUAGAUUGGUACCAGGGCCUUUCCUUUUGAUGCCUCUCAGACUAAAUAGAUUAGUGCUUAAACAGACCAGAAACAUUACACUAUUACUAGAGAAAAAAAAAUGUGGGCAAAAGAGAGAUGUCCUGUUCACUCUCUGUCCUUCUACUGUCACUUUAAGAGUGUUAAUGGAUUCACGGACGAUAUGUUCAUUAGGUAGGAAUAAAAGAUUAAACUUUCUAGGGAUUUAAAAUUUCACGAGGUUUGAUUGAAUUCAGAACCAUUUGCUUAUUCAACCAUUAAAACUAAGUUCUAAGGCCAUCUCCAACCCAAUACACCAAAACUUA